GCAUUUGCACCGGGGCUGGGCGGGCGCACCCAGAGCCGGGCGGGCAGGAACCCCUGCGCAGCCAUCCGGUGCCUGCAUGUCCCUAGCGCGGAAGGGACGCCUCACCAGCGUCGGCGCCCCCUCCCCCUAGAUUCCCUGCCGGCCCCUCCCCGCUGCCUGCCUGCUGCACCACCUUCCACCCAGAUCACCCAGAUCGUCUCUAAAGGGAGUUCUUGGUUUCCUUCGAUUUCUUAUGAACCCAGGAUGGGCAGCAAAGAAGAUGCGGGCAAGGGGUGUCCGGCGGCCGGUGGCGUCUCCAGCUUCACCAUCCAGUCCAUCCUGGGCGGGGGCCCCUCGGAGGCACCGCGGGAGCCCGUCGGCUGGCCAGCCAGGAAGCGCAGCCUGUCCGUGUCCUCGGAGGAGGAGGAGCCGGACGACGGCUGGAAGGCGCCCGCCUGCUUCUGCCCAGACCAGCACGGCCCUAAGGAGCAGGGCCCCAAGCACCAUCCCCUCAUCCCUUUUCCUUGCCUGGGUACCCCCAAGGGCAGCGGAGGCUCGGGCCCGGGCGGCUUGGAGCGCACGCCUUUCCUCUCUCCUUCGCACUCGGACUUUAAAGAAGAGAAAGAGAGGCUCCUGCCCGCGGGCUCGCCCUCGCCGGGGUCCGAGCGGCCGCGGGACGGCGGCGCUGAGCGGCAGGCCGGCGCGGCCAAGAAGAAGACGCGCACCGUCUUUUCUCGCAGCCAGGUGUACCAGCUCGAGUCCACCUUCGACAUGAAGCGCUACCUGAGCAGCUCGGAGCGCGCCUGCCUCGCCUCCAGCCUGCAGCUCACGGAGACCCAGGUAAAGACUUGGUUCCAGAACCGCCGCAACAAGUGGAAGCGGCAGCUCUCGGCUGAGCUGGAGGCGGCCAACAUGGCGCACGCGUCGGCGCAGACUCUGGUGAGCAUGCCGCUGGUGUUCCGGGACAGUUCGCUGCUGCGCGUGCCGGUGCCGCGCUCGCUCGCCUUUCCCGCGCCGCUCUACUACCCGGGAAGCAACCUCUCGGCCUUACCUCUCUACAACCUAUACAACAAGCUCGACUACUGACCGGCCCGCCGCCCCGCGCCGCCCGCCUGCGCCCCGGGCUGCCUCCAGCUGCCCGCAGAGCCGGGCGCGGACUGUACUGUAAGCAGGGCUCCGGAGCAAGGCGGCGUGUUUCCAGAAAUAUGAAGAAAUACACCAUGUGUAUUCAUUAGCUCUUAUUUAUGGCCUCUGCCCUACUUUUUGUUUUGAUUAUUUCGGGUAUUUAUCGGCAUUCCCUAAGUCAGAGAGCCUGCUUCCUACCUAGACAGAACCAGUACGCUUUGAAAACCAUUCGGAGUGGGAUGUUCUCGGGUGGUGGUGGGAAAGGGAGUUUUGGCCAGACAGGCUGUGGUUGGUAGGGAAAAAAAUCAGGAAAACACCUACAAAACCAGGUACACUCCUCCCCCAUAUAUACACCUGUAUAUAUGUACAUGCAUACACGCUCGGCCAAGCCAGGCCCUCAGAGGCUUUGGACAAUUACCAAAUUGCUUCUUUUCGUUUCCCUCAUCCCGAGGAUGGUAGGGACGAAAAGGGGAGAGUUCAGAUCUGUAAAUAUUUUUAAAAAGAAAAAAAAUAAAACAUUUUAAACAUCUUUGCUAACUUUGGUGGGCUUGGUUGCCCGGCAUGAUAACGCACGGAAGGUUUUCAGGU